GUGUAAUCAAAACUUGGAUGUCUAUCAUCACUUUCGGCAGAAGUUGUAUUUGUCGAAACUUGUCAAGAUUACCCACGUGGGAAGUGAAACAAACACAGUAUGGCAACCCCAAAUUUACAAGAAAUAGAUCCAGAGGCAGCAGUUAAACAGUUUAAAGAGUUCAUUGGAGCAUACAACAAAAUCACUCAGAUGUGUUUCAAAGACUGUGUUCAUGAUUUUACCACAAGGAAAAUUUCUAAUGCAGAGAAUAGCUGCUCCAUUAACUGCUUAGAGAAGUAUUUAAAGUCCACACAAAGGAUAUCAACCAGGUUUCAGGAGCACCAUCUACAGUACACAGACGACUCUCCAUACAAAGCAAUGGCAGGCAAAAGUUGAUGAUAAGUUUUAAUAUAUAGGAGGACUUCAUAACGAAUUGACAGAAUAUUAGUUUGUGUGAAACCCAUGUGAUGGGUUAUUGUAACAGUAUCCAUUGUGUAUUAUGCAAUGUUUUGCCGAGAUAUCGAGACUGGAGAGAUCUGUUACCAUAUAUGCAUGUAUUAAUGUGUCAACUGAGUAGAUAAAAUAAUAUACACUCAUGAUGAAAUACACAAUCAUGAUUGUUUUAAAAGUGUUAAUGGUUAAAAAGCACCAUCAGUACAAAAGAAUACAUCAUACUGAAUACAAAUUGUGAUAAAUGGAAAAUGUAAAUUGAUUGUACCGGUACAUUAUUUUGUAGUUGAUCAAAUGUUCACUUCGAAUACAACAAAAUGUCAAGUUUUCUUGUUUGCUUAUUAUUCACAUGAAUUCCACUUGGAAAUCAGACUUUGAUUAUGUAAUAUCAACUGAAACAUGAAAUAAAAUUCCCAUAAACCAUUUACCGGUAAACAGUCAUAUGAUAGUGCAAUGAAAACUGCAUCAUCUGAACCUACAGAUUUUCUAUCCAUUACACUGCUUUCAACCCGGUUGAAAGCAGUGUAACGGAUAGAAAAUCUGUGGGUUCUCGGGAUGUGAAAACUGCUUCCGGGUAAUUUUCAUGAAAACUUUUUCAGAUAACGAGGCUGAAUUAACCCAUGCUUUUUAUAAACAAGAGCUUAUUUGCUAUGUUGGUAUAACUUGCAUGUAUGUGAUUAUGGUUGAUCUUUAUAGGGUAGCAUUAUAUUUGGGAGGCUGCUGAGGCCCAUGCACGGACCUCAUGAUAAUAUUGCCCUGGUUUGUAGGUGACUUAUUGCAAUUAGUCUCUCCAAUAUCAAAAUCACAUGUUCAGAAUAUAUUUUAUGUUCCCUGACCCAAUCUGGAUUAAGUUUCUUUCAUAUAAUUUGAAUGGAUAAUGGAUGUGCAGUAACCUUUAUUCAGAUAAAAAAAUAAAAGGUCAAAUCACAUUUCUCUGUAAAUCCCUGUUCAAAGCAUAUUUCCCCUACCCAUUGUCUCAUCUGGCUUAUACUUCAUCCAUUGAAAGUUGCUUGUAUAUAAAAAUGUGCAGUGAUAUUGGUCAAAAGUCAAGCUAGGUCAUAGUAGAUCUCUUCAUAAAGUACCGGGGUAUAUGUCCAGAGCAUAUUUUCACAAAGAUAUAAAUUGUCUAAAAUGUAUUUUCUCUCUUCAUUGGUAAAGGUUGUGCAAUAACUCUAAGUGUACUUGAUUAAAGGUCAAGGUAAUAAUUCAUCUCUUUCUAAUGUGUAAACCUAUAAUAUAUUAUGAUCCAUAUUUGGCAGAAAUAGGUUUUUCAACAUCCAAGCGUAGUUUUGAUUUAAUAGAAUUAGUUAUGUACUCGAUACAGUAGAAACAACUUCAAUCAAUUCUCUGGAUGAAAGGUCAAUGUGAAAGAGCAUCAUGGUGUAAUUUUAAUCUAUCUUCAGAGCAUAUUUCCAUGGUCUUUAGUAAAUUUUACUAGAAUUAAAAUCCUCCGAGUUGGUCACUAUUUUCCCGACACCUAGUUUUUUAUGAAAAACUAAUAAAUUCCCAAGUGAAAUCAUCUUUGCGAAAAAAGGAAAUAAAUGCACACGUAUAUUUUGCCUUGGAUAUAUUUAUCUAUGAUAAAUAAAUGACAAACUACAUUCUAUUAUAUAUGUGUAGCCACAAAAACAAUUAUACAAUGUAAUUCAUGUGACGUAAUAUACCAGUACAUGUACAUGUGAUUAUAGUCAUUAUACAGACUUCUAUUAAAAAAAAUACAUCUGUUGCAGCUGAUAUUGAUAGAACACAUUAUCUGAUUGACCUAAAA